AUGCCACGCGAAGCAGAUCCAUCCAACAACGAGCGCGAGUUCCUGCUCGCGGCGCUGCGCGAGAAUGUGCGACUGGAUGGACGUGCUUUCGACCAGUUCCGCGACGUGCAGCUGGCGUUUGGCGAGGAAUACGGCGUCGCAGAUGUGCGGGUGGGCAAGACGAGAGUAAUGGUCAACAUCUCCGCCGAGGUUGUGACCCCCUACCCAGACCGGAAGUUCGACGGCGUCUUCAUCAUCUCCACCGAACUCAGUCCCAUCGCCAGUCCAGCAUUCGAAGUAGGCCGACAAGACCAGACUGAGGUCCUGCUCUCGCGUAUCCUGGAGAAGACGAUCCGACGAUCUGGUGCCCUCGACACGGAGAGCUUGUGCAUCAUCGCAGGCUCCAAGUGCUGGCACAUCCGCGCCGACAUCCACGUCCUCGACCACGAUGGAAACAUCGUAGACGUCUGCUGCAUCGCGCUGAUAGCCGCAUUGAUGCACUUCCGCAGACCGGACCACGAGAUCCAUGGCGAAGAAGUCACAGUCUACGGACUACGAGAACGAGAACCAGUCAAGCUCCAGAUGCAGCAUCAGCCCUUCUGCAUCACAACAUCGUACUACGAAGGUGGCGAGGUCAUGAUACAUGAUGCCACCUUACUGGAAGAGCAGUGCAGAGAAGGCGAAAUCAUCAUCAGCGUCAACCGCUUCGGCGAGGUCUGCCAGAUUGCAAAGUUAGGCGGCACACCUGUGGAUGGUCUGAGCAUUUUGACUUGCACGAAUAUGGCAGUGGAGAAGGCAAAGAUGCUGGACAAGCUUGUCAAGGCGCAGCUAGAAGAGGAUGAGAAGGAGAGGGACAAGGGUGGACUGAUGGCAGAGUUGAGCGCGGAGAAUGAUAGGCCGCAGCAGCAACCUAUUGGAUGA